AUGGACCCUACGGAGGCAGAGGCAUGGGUACUAGAGAUGGAGAAAAUAUUUGAUGUUUUAGGUUGUUCAGCAAAUCAGAAGGUGGCCUUUGCAGCUUUUAGGUUCAAGGGCCAAGCAGAGCAUUGGUGGCACAUGGUGAAGCGUCAAUAUGAGAGUAGAGAAACAGAGCUAGAGUGGAGCAAGUUUCUAGAAUUGUUUAAUGAGAAAUACUUCCCUAAAGCGGUGCGAAGGCAGAAACAAGUGGAUUUUCUCAAUCUGAAGCAAAAUGACAUGACAGUGACUCAGUAUGAAGCCAAGUUUGCAAAGUUGUCGAGGUAUGCCCCACAUCAGAUGGCCAUAGAGGAAGAUAGAGUGAUGUUGUUUGAGAAUGGCGUGCGGUCAGAAACCUAUGCAAAAGUAGCUAUUUUGGAGAUGAAGACAUGUUUUGCAUUGGUAAGCAACAAAUUACUAGCUGAAAAGGGAAUAGAAGAGGAAAAGAGAGCUGAGGAACAAAAGGCCAAGGAACCACAAAACAAGAGACUUAGGGAGGAGAGACAAGUAGAGCAUCGUGGUGGUGGUAACAAUCCUAGCAAGAAGCCUUACAUCCAAGGUCAGGUUAGCAAUGGUAUGACGCAGCAGAAUCGGAGGAUUUGUGAUAGAUGUGGUAGGUCACAUUCUGUUGGGUAUAAUUGUGAUGGCACAGCUCGAAUAUGCUUCAAGUGUGGCAAGCCUGGGCAUCUCUCUGCACAAUGUAGGUCUAAGGGACUGGGAGGUCAGUCAGUAGCACAGUCAUUUCAGAGGCAAGGGCAGAGACGAACUUUUUAUAGCGGUGGGUUUAACCAUAAGCAGAAUAAUGGCAAAAGUGGGACUACCCAAGGUCAGACAUCCGGGAAUGGGAUUCAGGAAAAGAAGUCAGCGGCUACCCAAGGACGUGUUUAUGCCCUCACUAGAGAGGAGGCUGAGGCUUCUCCAUCUGUGGUACAAGGUGUACUCCUUAUAUCAUCUGUACUUGCCAGAGUGUUAAUUGAUUUAGGAUCUACACAUUCUUUUGUUGCACCUAAGUUUUUACGUUGUUUGUCUAUUCCUUGUGAGCCUUUGAAUACAUGUGUUGCUGUGUCUACUCCAUUAGAGGAAACGCCUAACCAAAUGUUGAGAAAAGGGUGUCAUGGUUAUUUAGCUUGUGUGGUGAGUACCGAACAACCAGAGCAGAGGUUAGAGGAGUUUCCUGUAGUGAGGGAAUUUGUUGAUGUUUUCUAA